CUGUUUGCGAUAAGUGAAAAUUAAUUGUGAACUAUCGGCCGAAUAAUGAGAACCAGACUCACCGGCAGGAGCGUAUCAGAGGACAGUUUGGGAAACAUUUUGAAACAUAUAAUCGAGGAGGCCCUCGAAGACACCGAACAAGUCGCUAAGCUACAUGGAGUUCUCUUCGAGGACUGGUACAUCAAGAAGACCGCAGAAUUGGAGGAGGCAAAAGCCACCAAAAAGAGAGAAAGUCACAGUCAGGACGAAGAAGAGAAAGAUGCUCAUCCAGAACCCGGCAUGGUUUCCACAGAACAAACGUUUCCUCCAUUAAAAAUACAGAAAAGUAAAUCGGCCUCUCGAACUUCACACAAUUAUCAGGAUAGGAUGCCCUCUCAAAGAUCUCUCGCUCUUCAGAUUUCUGAAUUAGGAAAAAGUGCUAAUUUUAGAUAUCAUGAGACUUUUUCUGGAUCUUACAAUAUAGACCAUAGUACGAGUAAGAUUGAUAUUGGAAAUAAAUCAAAAUCUUCCAUGGUGCAGCAAGUACUUUCUGAGAUAUUUCUAAAAAAUGGCCAUGCCCACGAGGUGAUUUUUCCUGUGCAAAGCACCAAUGGUUCUUUUAAAGAUAAUUCUGAUAACAAAAAUUUUACCAAAUCUUUAGUUACUGUAGAAAGGUAUGCCGCUGAGUGCUGUUAUCAAAAUAUUCCACAAAACGAUAAUUCGGUUUACAAGAAUUCAAUAGUCACGGCUAGUUCCAAGGAGAACAAACAAAUCAACGAUCUAAUUAACAAUAACAUUGAUGAAAAUGAAACCCAACACCCAGAGAUGGAAAUCACUGAAAUUUGGAAUAGUGUAAAGCAAAAUGUAAAGUAUGAGAUAAAAAGACUGGACGAAAUAAAAUACCAAAAUAAGCUUAUUUCAAAUGAUGUAAGCUCAAAAGGAAAUAAAAUACGGAAUGGUUUGCCGUUCGAAGCAUGGAAGAGAGAAAAGACAAGAAUGUAUAAAAAUUUGUUUAGAGAAAAACAGCGAGAAAGGCAACUUCAACAAGCAGCGAGAGCUAAGGAGAUGGAGAAAAAACAAGCUGCAAAGGAGGCUUAUCUUUCCUGGAGGAAGCAGCGUGAGGUACAACAUAAACUGACGCUUAAAAGGAAAAAAGCUCUAGACGAAGUGAAUGAUGUAAAAAGAAAACGAAACUGUGAAGAAACUACCUCUAAGGCACAAGCGUUUAAAAUGUGGAAGAAAAAAAAGGAUGCUAAACUGAGAGAAAAUGACGCAGCCAACAAUCACCCUGUUCAAUACAAUCAACCAUCACUCCAAUCGGAGGUACCCAAAAUGGAAAUGGGUUUAGAAUUCCAUUCCUGGUUGGAUCAGUUGGAUUAUGUUUUGCAUGAAAAAUAUUUGCGCGAACGGCGCUUUCGAGUCCGAUCGUUUUACUGUCAGCCCACGUACUAUGGUACAAUUUCUCAGUAUAUCGGAUAAAUAUAAAUAUUAACUCUGAA